GAUUUUUAAGAAGCAGAUAACUAUAUAAAGAAUCCAUCUGUGCAACACUAGAAAAAUAAAACAGGUCAACAACAAAGUUGUAUGGAAUGAUUUUUUUUGUUUUUCAGAAUUCAUGUGAGAACAUGCUGCCACAAAUAACCAUUUUGCUGCUAAUGUCCUUACACUUGGUUCAUGGAGGAUUUCAUGCUGAAUUAUUCCAAACACCAGCAGGAAUAAAAGGCCCACUACCCAACACCAAUACACAAUUCUUCAUUCCCUAUGGCAUAAAGAGUAAAGGUAUAGCAAUAAGAAGAGAGCAAGGUGUUCCUGGUCUGCCAGGUCCUGCUGGGCCUCGAGGCUACCCAGGGCCAUCUGGACCACCAGGAAAACCAGGCUAUGGAAGUCCUGGACCCCAAGGAGAGCCAGGGAUGCCAGGACCAAGGGGCCCACCAGCCAUUGGGGAGCCAGGUUCACCAGGACUCCCAGGAAAAGCAGGGGAGAGAGGACCACAUGGCCCGAAAGGAGACACUGGACCAGCUGGCUUACCAGGACCACGGGGCCCACCCGGACCACCUGGAAUACCGGGUCCAGCUGGAAUUUCUGUUUCGGGAAAACCUGGACAACAGGGACCUACUGGAGCUCCAGGCCCCAGGGGAUUUCCUGGAGAAAAGGGUGUCCCAGGAGUUCCUGGAAGGAAUGGACAGAAAGGGGAAACAGGGUAUGGAGAACCUGGCCAUCCUGGUGAAAGGGGUCUUCCAGGCUCUCGGGGUCCCAUGGGACCUCCUGGUCCUCCUGGGCUGGGAAAAAGAGGUGAAAAUGGGGUUCCAGGACAGCCAGGUAUAAAAGGUGAUCAAGGUAUUCCAGGAGACAGGGGACCAAUGGGCCCACCAGGUCCCCAAGGUCCUCGCGGGGAACGAGGGCCGGAAGGCAUUGGAAAGCCAGGAGUCAGUGGGGCACCAGGCCAGCCAGGAGUCGCAGGAACUAAAGGUUACCCAGGAGCUCCAGGAACCGCUGGACCUCCGGGGCCUCCCGGUUUUGGAAAGCCAGGCUUGCCUGGGAUGAAGGGGCAAAGAGGGCCUGCCGGCCUCCCAGGGGGUCCAGGUGCCAAAGGGGAACAAGGUCCAGCGGGUCAUCCUGGGGAGCCAGGUCUGACUGGGCCUGCUGGAGACAUGGGUCCCCAAGGGCCAAAAGGCAUCCCAGGCCACCACGGGAUGCCAGGCCCUAAAGGUGAAACAGGGCCCACAGGGCCUGCAGGACACCCUGGGGGCAAGGGAGAAAAGGGGUCUCCUGGGUUAGAUGGGAAGCCUGGCUACCCAGGAGAACCAGGUCUCGCUGGUCCUAAGGGCAACCCGGGGUUGCCGGGCCCAAAAGGUGAGCCUGGAGUUAAGGGUCCGCCUGGUGUACCAGGCCCUGUGGGCCUGGCCGGAGCUAAAGGAAUGGCUGGGCAGGACGGGGAGGCUGGAUCAAGAGGUGCCCCUGGAAUACCAGGCACCAGAGGCCCCACUGGGCCACAAGGUAUUCCAGGACUCCCUGGCUCUAAAGGCGAUCCGGGACUUCCAGGCCCUCCUGGCCCAGUUGGUAUAGCAACUAAGGGCCUCAAUGGACCCACUGGGCCACCAGGGCCUCCAGGCCCAAGAGGCCAUGAUGGAGAACCAGGCCCCCCAGGCCCCCCGGGUCCUCCAGGUCCCCCAGGCCAAACAGACCUAUUGGGCUCUGUAAAAGCAGGUCAAAGGCCCGGUCUUUCUGGGAUGCCUAUUGUUGCUGCCCACCAGGGUCUAACAGGAAAGCCUGCGUCUGCUUUUACUGUUAUUCUCUCUGAAGCUUACCCAGUUAGAGGAACUCCCAUUCCGUUUGAUAAAAUUUUAUAUAAUAGGCAACAGCACUAUGACCCAAGAACUGGAAUUUUUACCUGUAGGAUACCAGGGAUAUACUAUUUCUCUUACCAUGUGCAUGUGAAAGGGGCCCAAGUGUGGAUAGGCCUGUAUAAGAACGGCCUCCCAGUGAUGUACUCCUACGUCGAAUACACCAAAGGCUACCUGGACCAGACUUCAGGAAGUGCUAUAAUCGAGCUCACGGAAGAAGACCAGGUAUGGCUGCAGAUGUCCAGCACUGCACACAACAGCCUAUUCUCAUCCAAGUAUUCCGACUCCUCUUUUUCAGGAUUCCUAGUGGCCCCAAUGUGAGCUAGCCUAUUCGCAACGAGCUAGUACAGAGCUGCUUGAAAAGGCAGGGCAUACUCUGACUCCACCCCACAAAAUGCACAUAGAGGUAGGCUGAAGAAAAAUGACAAGUGGACAUUUUCCAAAAUUCUAGAUUUGAGCUUCCAGGCCAACAAAUUCCACCCCUUCCCUCGAAAAAGUAGGCAGCAACGGUAAACCAGAUGUGA